AUGGCUCGUACUAAGCAAACUGCUCGUAAAUCCACUGGUGGUAAGGCCCCUCGUAAGCAAUUGGCUACCAAGGCUGCCCGUAAAUCUGCUCCCUCUACUGGUGGUGUCAAGAAGCCUCAUCGUUACAGACCCGGUACUGUCGCUCUUCGUGAAAUCCGUCGUUAUCAAAAGUCCACUGAGCUCUUGAUCCGUAAGCUCCCUUUCCAACGUCUUGUUCGUGAAAUUGCUCAAGACUUCAAGACUGACUUGCGUUUCCAAUCUUCUGCCAUUGGUGCCCUUCAAGAAGCCUCUGAAGCUUACUUGGUCUCUCUCUUUGAAGAUACUAACUUGGCUGCUAUCCACGCCAAGCGUGUUACUAUUCAACCCAAGGAUAUUCAACUCGCUCGUCGUCUCCGUGGUGAACGUUCUUAA